AUGAGAGGAGUAACCCUACGUAGAUAUCCAGAUGAAAGUUUUCCUAAGAACAUCGACUUCUUUGACUUGAAGGACUUCCCUAUUCCAACAAAUCUUAAGGAAAAUGAUCUUCUUAUCAAAGUAUGCUACGUCAGCAUCGAUCCUGUCAUGAGAGUAUGGUUUUCUGGAGCCAAGACUUAUAUUGACACUGUGCAUCAAGGACAAAUCAUCCCAGCUUUUGGAUGUGGAGUUGUUGCUGAAUCAAAAAGCAAAAGAUUCACCAAGGGAGAUUUAGUCUUAGGUGCCCUUGACUGUGCAGAUUACUGUGUUAGAUCAGCUAAUGCAAUAUUCAAAUUGCCAGCAGUCAAAUCAAAACAUGACCCAAACUUGCCUCUCUUUUUGUCAGUUUAUGGUGUCACAGGCAUCACUGCUCUCAAAGGAUUACAUCAAAUUCCAAAGGAAAAUCUCCCUACCAAGGAAUCCAAGAAGACCCUUGUCGUUUCUUCAGCUGCAGGAUCAACAGGAUCAUUUGCUCUAUAAAUAGGAAAACAUUGGGGCUAUCGAACUGUUGGUAUUGUUAGCAGUAGAGACAAGAAAGACUUCGUACUUUCACUAGGAGCUGACGCUUGUGUCUGUUACAAUGACACCUUGGAUUCUAAUGGAAUUGUUGAUACAGACAAAUUGACAAAAUUGAUUAAGUAAGCAGCUCCUGAAGGAGUGGAUGCAAUGUAUGACAAUUCAGGAGAGGAAGUCUUAGAUGCAAUCUUACCAGCCAUGAAUAAGGGUGCAUUCAUUGUAUUAUGUGGAGCAACUGCUACAUAUUAUACUUGGAAGAAUAGAGGAGGAUUGAAAAAUUUAGCCCAUUUCAUCACUAAAUAAAUUAAAGCUGAAGGAAUCUUGUACUUCGGUUAAAAGAACGCCAUUAUAGAAUCAUUUAAAGAGAUGAAUGAAUUAGUCACAGGAAAACACAUUUAACAUAAAGAAGAAUUCAUAAAUGGAUUAGAGAAUGUGACAAUAGGAUUAUAAAAGGUGUUUAUGGGAAAGAACUUAGGAAGAGUUAUUGUCAAACUAGACAAUGAAGUUCCAUUGCCAAAGUUUUGAAGCAUAUUUACAUAACAAAUUUAGAACAUUCGAAAAUUUCCAAAA